AGCCAAUCCCAUGAGAUUAGGUCAUUAAGGCUCUGUGAACUGGAGACCCUUCUGUGCCACUGGCUCACACGUAAGCCUAUAGACGGCGGAAGGUGUUCAGAUACAUAGUUAAAGGAAUCCAUUGGGCUUUGAAGUCUAGCCAGAGGUGCACAGGUCCACCGCCGUGUAGCACGCGUGGGACGCAGACUGCAUGGGCCCUCUUCUCCAGUCAAAUUAAGCUCAUCACAGAAGUGCUAUUCUACGGGAUCGAGUCAGAAUGUGCCAAACAAGGUCAGAAACUAAACUAGUUGGAAUAUUGAUUUGGGUUAGGCCAAAGUCACCAUCAAGUCGUACGGUUAAUGACGCAUUGUUGAUGUCGAAGUGGAAUGGGGAUUUGGGGACCUAUCCAGCGCAUUGUGGUUUCUCCCAGCGCUGCCAACUACUAAAGGGGAGGAGAGGACAGCCCAGUCACGACAAGGAGUGUUCCCCAGGCACUGGAGUUAAGAGCGCUCUGAGAAAACUCAAUGGACUCUCCUUACUUCAACUAUUCGUUUUUUGAAACAGCAGUUCCUAAGGCCGAAAGGCUAGAAUUAUUAUACCUCUACCUCUCUAAUAGCAUGCACUUCACCUCUAAACGGGAAUAAUCUACUUCAUGUGUAGAACGGAGGGCUCUAGUUGUGUUUCCGUGCAGUGGAGGGGCUGUCUCUGCGGGCCGCGUGUGUGCGCGCCUUGGAUGGAGUCCUGAAGACCCGGAUCUACUCUGAGGUAGGCUACAGGUGCGCAUAGGAUGCACGGAUCAACCGUAUACUUCCAGCUAAUUGAGAAACGAAGCAUCAAGUAUCAAGGGAACAGUGAGCAGUGAAGCUAGUCUACAGCGUGUCGCUUGCGCCAUGCCAGUCAUGGUGAAGAAUGCAGUGAAGUUGUGAAGGACCCAGGAAGUGUGAGGAGUUGCUGAGCGAGCCCCCCCGUGUACAUGCUGUUCUGAGUGCCAGUGUCCUGCGGAACAGAACGUCAGAGCCCAGGCGAUGGUCCAGCUGUCUGUCUUAACCUGCCUAUUUGGAGGCCUCUUGGGCCUAUUACUGCUGGUACCGGUGCUCCUGGCCCCCACGCCCCCUGGAAUGUGCACGGCCCUGAGAACCAUCAACAGCAACCUCAGCCAGAGGCGGAAAUACAUGCAGCAUAACUUCCCCAUCAACUACACCAUCAGGGUUCACUACGAGGAGGUCUUCAAGCCCUCCAACAUCAGCAGGCUGAAGUUAAAAAUCAACAACUUGGAGAUGUUUGCUCUCCAGAGGUUGUGGUUUCAUGUCAAUCACGGCAUCCUGAAAAAGAUCCUGCGGGUGAUCCCGGAGAGGCACCCCUCGCGGCGCUACGGCGCCGAGCUGGAGCGCCGCUUCAGGGACGCAGAGGGGCUCUUUGUUCAGUCGCACCCGUCUGAGGCGUUCCAGAGAGAACUCCCAGAGAAGGUGCAGGAGAAGUUGGACAGGAUGACGGAACACCUGGACAGCGUCCCCGCGUCCAGCUGGCGGUUCGUCCCCCCAAAGCACCUCCUCGAUAACUUCCGGCGCUCCAUGCGCUGUCUCUUUGGGGAGUGCUUCUCCCAGGUUAAUCCCCAGGUUGACUUGUGUGGAAACUCUCGCUCGAAGAAAGACGGAAAAGUAACCCAGCGACAGCCACAGCCUCCACGGUGAGGCCAAUGGUGGAAGCUAAUCCUACCAAUGGACCGAUUGGGGACGAGACAAGAUCUCAAAAUGAAAGACAAUUUUUUUGGGAUAUUCUACCCAAAAACUAAGGUUACGUAUGUUAUUUCUAAAGUUUGCCUACGUGAAUACUUUCCCAAAGCUGCACUUGAAAGGAAAGGAAUAGGUCAUACAAGAGACAGAUCCUUGAUUGGACACAAUAACUGUUCAUGAGUAGGGAGUGCAGAAUUCUGCUUGAAGCCUGGAAAGUAUUUUCAGGAGAACAACUUCACUGCCAAAGAGGAUUGUUUGUCGAUCGUAGGAAAGAUAAGAGCCAGGAGAGGUUUCAGGUUUUUUGUGAUGGUCGUCUUUACACAGUCAGUAUCUAUCUACAUACAGAAUCUAGAUAUAUAUUGUUAUAUAUACCUUCCAGUAGACACAUAUUUUAUAAUAUAUAAUAUAUAUAUAUAUUAUAUAUUAUAUGUGCAUUGUGUACAUUGUAUGUACAUUGUUUUCUUUGCAUUCCUAGUAAUAGCAUGAAAGCUGUGUAGAUUGGUUUGCGAACGUUACCUUAUCUUACUUCAGAGAAGUUAUGGUUGAAAGCAAUUGGUGAAUCAAUUUCUAUCAUGGUCUGUUGCAUUGUCAAAUCCCCUUCCAAGAUAUGAAGACUAUACAAUUCGUUUCAUGAUCACCACAACAAGGAAUUACUAAGGAACUACUAAGCCGACUUCCUUAGACACAAUUGAAUCUCUGGGAUUUUCUUUAUUUUUCUACAGUCAGUAUGAAACAAUCUAACGCCAUGACCAAGGGCUCAGUUAUUUUUAAUUUCCAUUCAGACGUGUCAGAUUAUUGCUAUGAUUUUUUUUUUUUUCUCUUAGAAAGACGGCUAAACAAUAAAUAUUUGUCAAAAAACAAGCUUGCCAAUUUUAUAAUCCUCACUUAAAGCUGCAGUGUGUAGAAUCGAGAGACAUCUAGUGGAGCUAACUUUACAGAGAGGGAAUAUCAUUUCCAUAAAUUGUCAAUUUGUGUAUAUUCCAAUGAAAAUAAGAUUAGUUGUGUUUUCCAUUAGAAUGAGCCUUUUAUAACUACAUAGGGAGCAACUGCUAGAUUAUGCUAAAUUCUGCACACUACACCUUUAAUAUACUCAUCUGUUACUGCUUAUCUUGGUCCACUUGUGAAUUGACCGUUGUGACCAUAUAAAAUCGGUUUGAAAUUGUAGCAACCAUCAUAUAUGAUUGAGUAGUUCACCCCGAGCAUUUGCCAUAAAUAAUUUGAUGUAAAAAGCUUUGCUUUUCAUUGCUUUGCUAGAGUGAAUCCUGACUUCGACAGCCGAGCAGCCAUAAACUUUGACUGAAAUCUACGACUUUUCAUUUCUGGAAACAUAGAACUAUAUUGUGUAUGGUCAGACUCACUUAUAAUAGAAUACACUUUUGCCAAUGAGCCGCAUAGGCAUGCCAAUCAAAGCCAAAAUGUUCAUGUCAUGGUGUAAAAGUAAUGAUAUGAUGUGGCUCAUGCUAACAAGACAUGGAAGUUCUCCAACUCAUUCUGCUUCUGUUUCUGUCAUUCUCAGAGAGAAAAUAAAUAAAUAAUUGUAUUUAUUUUACUUUAUUUACUUAAUUUAAAUUAAAAACUGUUUGCUCCAAACAUUGUUAUGUUUGGUGUGAAGCCACUAAAACCAACACUUUGAUGGGAAGAUGAAAUAAAAACUGGCUAACCAAGGCCACUUAUCAGUUUGCUUUAUUUUUUAACAGUAUUAUGUGCUUUAAAAUAGCCCUGAAAACACACUACACUAUAACAGCAUCUACAAUAUCUUGUAUCUAUUUUAUGUUUCAACAUAGAAUUAUUAAAUGGCCUUGUGAAUAUUUUCCCUCUUUUUUUAACCAAAGUGGUAUUGAAGUUAUUCAACUAAAAGUCACCCAAUUUGUUUGAAUGUUUAUUUUUUAAUUUGUCUUAUAAGUCAGAACAUCUUUUCUUAUAAAUGCAAUUUUUUUGUUUUAUCUUUUUAACAAUGCUUAAAACGAAUUUAUCAGCCGCAUUUGCCAUUAUUUCCAUUAGCUCUCAACAGUUAAUAACAAUAACAUGCCAUUUAAAGGGAAAACACAUAACUACUUCCGUCCGCCCGAACAGAGGAUAGGAGGGUAAUAGAGGGUAAUAAAUGUCUUUGUUACUUGCACAGUCGGAGGAUUCCCCCUGAUAUUGUAAGCUCUAGUCUUUUCUUUAUCUUUCAAAUUACAUAAAGCUGGAGUCCAGAAGAAGGAUUGGCUACUGCUUCGAUGGUGCCGACCAGUUUAGUUUCUUAAGCAAUCAUUUGGGCAUAAUCCGAGAGGUGGAUGGGGAACCAUUCACUGUAGGGUCUCUGUGUGACUUGCAUGAACACAUGACCAUGCACUGUGCAACAUCUGAUUGGGCUGGAAGGAACAGGGAAUGUGAUUAAGAAGAAGUCCUUGUUGACCUGUAUCUGAAGGAACUAUUAUGUAUCUUACUAGCUUAAGCAGCUCCUGAAAUGUCUUCAGCUUGUUGCUUGGUAUCUAGUACGCAUGAGGUAUCCCAUAAAUGUAUUAUUAAGUUGUGUCUACUAGAAGGUUGGGCAUAUGCCAUUAGUUUUAGUUAAAUACAAUCCAAACAUUCUCACUACCUUCUGUUAUUUAUCAGCCCACUUGCUGUGUUUGUUUUGAGUUUGUUUGAAAUGAACACUUCAUCACCUCUUUGAGAUUUAUAUUGUAUGCACUAAGAAGCACAUGACAGAAUAAGAACAUAAUUGUAAAAAUUGUUAUUUGUUGCAUUAAAGCCUUUAGUUGUACAAGCCAUGUAUUGACCACCCUAUUCUGGAUUUAUUGGCUUAUAUUGUUUCUUUCUCUGCUAGGAAUUAGGAACACAAUUGCAUAAUGGAAAUACAAUGUUUUACAUUAUUUCAAAAUGUUCACAGUUUUGUCAAAUACUAUCGCUGUCACUCCAGGGACAAUGAUACUAAAAAUAUAUACAUAAAUAUGCAUAUGAUUAUUCGAUUCAACUUCUUGAUUAAUAUUCACCAACCAUACCAAUAAAACAUCUGCCUUAAAACUAGAAUUGUUGUCAGGAGUAAGCCUUUGGUAUACAUUUUUAACAUUUGUAUCAUUUAAUGGUUCAUAUAGAGAAUCGCUUGGUGCAACAUGUUGCAGUCUAACCUUGGCCAAAGAUUUUAUUAGCAGGGUUUUAUUCAUGACAAGAUGUUGAAUGUGUUUAUAUUUAAAUGUGUACGUUCUGGUGAAAGGCUUUUUUUAUCAAUUAAAAUAUGUAUGUUUACCAAG